AUGCAGCAGCAUUCGCCUGAGCAGACACAAGUCCUCAUGGUCAGCCCCGCUGCCGCCAGCGCUGCUGCGGAAGAUGGCUCUGGCCGACGAGCGAUUCGCUGUGACAAGGACUGGCCAUGCUCCAACUGCAGAACGGCUAAGCGGCCAUGUACUUCUACAGGCGCCGGCCAGCGCCCCAAAGAACCUCGUCAACGUGUUCUCAUCUCGUCUCAAUAUGAGCGUAAGAUUGACCAAAUUGAUUCUCGCCUUGGGAACAUCGAGACGCUCCUCAAGAACCUCUCCACCUCCGGAAUCGCGUCUAAUGACACCGCCAGCCGCAUCAUCGAAACGCCGCAAACGGGUAGCAGCGGACCGACGUGCGAGUCUACUGCCGACUUUGACAGCAGCGAGGAGGAGGGCGCCGCCUUUGGCGGCGACUCGGGCCUGACAGUCCACACGGCUUUUGCCAGCGAGUUCCUCGAGCGCGCUGUCAAGCGCACCGCGCUCCGCGCCGGCGCCCACAAUCCCCAAAUGGAGGCCGCCCUCGCCAACCUCGGCCAGCUCGUCGAGAUGCAGCGCAGCCGGCCGGAGCACAGGCCGCGGUUCCCGCUCCAGCGCGCCGUGCCCCCGGGUGGCGUGUCCAAGCUUCCGCUACCGCCGAUGGCGCUGGUCGUGGAGCUGUUGAAGAAGAAUAAGGCUUCCCCUGUAACCCUAUUUACAAUCAUGUGCGAUUUGGUCGGCGUCACAGACAUCACCACUCUAUGUCGAGCUGUUUACUUCCCCACAGAAGACGUCUCUGACGCCACCUUUGCCGUCGUCAGCGCUCUAUUGUAUAAUCUGUUCCUUGAACAACACUCUCUAUCCUCAGACCCGGCUGUGAGGGAAGAGUACUUUCGCCAUUUCCAAUUAUGCCGCGCCAACCUCGAAACCACCCUCGCUAACCUUCCCAUGCUGCUAUCUGCCAAGAUUGACAACGUCCAAGCAUUGCUCCUCGGUAGCCUCUACGCCGUCGACGUGUCCCGCCCAACCGUCGCCUGGCACUUUGCCUCCGCCGGCGCCCAGCUCUGCCUCACGGGCGGCUUUCACCGGCAGGACAGCCUCGCGCACGACCCGCCCGAGACGGCGCGCAUCAAGCGCAUCCUGUUCUGGCACAUUUACACGCUCGAUAAGGGCCUCGGGCUGCGCCUCGGCCGCGCCUCCGUCAUCCACGAGUGCGACAUUGACAUUCCCCGCGUCUUUGAGUUUGACCUGCUCGACAGCGGCGGCGCCGACACCGUGCCGACCAUGUGGGUCGAAAUGUCCGGCCUGCAGAGCGUCGUCUACGAGCAGCUCUACAGCCCCGCGGCGCUGCACUGCCCGCAGGACGAGCUCGUGCGCCGCGCGCGCGCGCUGGCCGAGGAAUGCCGCAAGCUCGGCGUGCGCGGCGACCGCGCGCGCAGUAAUGCCUACAGCUACAUCAAGCAGAUGAACAUCUCCGACGUGGUCGACGUGUUUAUCCGCGGCGACGAGGUGCAGUAUUAUGCGACGCAGACGCUCAUCUAUCGCGUCAUUCCCGCGCCGGAGCGCUCGGUGAGCAGGUUCUGCGAUGAGUGUCUCGAGGCGGCGCGCAGGGCCAUGAGUGCGCACCAAGACUGCGCGCGGCUCAUCGACCUCGGCAGCUUUGUCAAGACGACAUAUGUUCACUGGAGUCUCCUUCUCACACCGUUUGCGCCCUUCUUCGUGCUCUUCUGCUACGUUAUUGAGACGUCGUCAGCCGAUGACCUCAAUAUCCUCAAAGAGUUUGUCAUGUCGCUGGCGCUGGCACGGGACUCAUCCGAGGCGGUGGAGAAGCUGUACCGGCUGUGCCAGGUCAUGUACGACGUGCUGACGCUGUAUGUCGAGGCCAAGUCGUCCCAGCAGCAGCAGGAGAGCGGUGCUGGCGGCGGCGGCGGCGCGGGCGGUGCCCACGGCGUGGUACCCAUCGGAGACGAGUUUGAAAUGUACCUCAGCCAGCUGGGCCUCAUGCCCAUGGAGGACCAGACCAUGACGGGUGCGCCGGAUGGCCAGCAGACGGCGGCGACAGCCGGGGGCCAUGUACCGCACAACCCGCAGGUCGCGCAGAUUGCCGACUGGUUCGUGAAUAACCGCAACAUGAUGGGGUUGCUAGAGGAGGACCUGUCACAUAUUGAGUCGUACCGUUGGUUGCAGCCAGGUGCGGCACACUUGCAGCAGCACGCACAGCAGCCACAACAGCGUGCUGAACAGGCGGGCGUGACAAAUCAUGCAGUGCAUGGGCACCAUCAUACUGGAUCCAUGUAA